AUGCGUAUUCGUCAAUUUUUUACGGCAAUGGACGAUCGCUAUGUUAAUGAAAUAUGGAAUACGUCAUUGAAAGCUGCUAUACAAGAAAUUCAAAAGAAAAAUAACAGUGGUUUAAGUUUUGAAGAACUUUAUCGAAAUGCUUAUACAAUGGUGCUACAUAAACAUGGAGAAAAACUUUAUACAGGCACACGUGAAGUUGUUAUGGAACAUCUUGUACAAAAAGUUAGACAAGAUGUAAUUGAUUCAUUAAAUAAUAACUUUUUAACUACACUUAAUUCUGCAUGGAAUGAUCAUCGAACAGCAAUGAUUAUGAUACGUGAUAUACUUAUGUAUAUGGAUCGAGUGUAUGUUAGUGGACAAAAACUUGAACCUGUUUUUAAUUUGGGUGUUAUAUUAUUUCGUGAUAAUGUUGUUCGAUAUCCAUCAAUACGUGAUCAUUUAAGACAAACACUACUUGAUAUGGUAGCUAAAGAAAGACGUGGAGAAAUUAUUGAAAAGAGUGCUGUGAAAAAUGCUUGUCAGAUGUUGAUGAGUUUGGGUAUUGAUAAUCGUUCAGUGUAUGCAGAUGAUUUUGAAACACCAUUUUUAUCACAAUCAGCUGAAUUCUAUCGACUUGAAAGUCAAAAAUUAUUAGCUGAAAAUAGUGCAUCUGUAUAUAUACGUAAAGUAGCUGCACGUAUAAGUGAAGAAGCUGAACGAGCCGUCCAUUAUCUUGAUAAAUCAACAGAAGAACGAAUCGUUCGUGUACUAGAAGAUGAAUUAAUAACAAAACAUUUAAAAACUAUUGUUGAAAUGGAAAAUUCUGGUGUUUAUUCAAUGUUAAAAUUUAGUAAAUGUGAUGAUCUCGCAACAAUGUAUAAAUUAUUUGAACGUGUUCCCAAUGGUCAUUCAACAAUAGCUGAUUGUAUGAGUAGUUAUUUACGUGAACAAGGUCGUGCACUUGUUACUGAAAAUGCUGAAGAAGGAAAAAAUGCAAUUACUUAUGUUCAAAAUUUACUUGAUUUGAAAGAUACAUUUGAUUAUUUUCUUAAAAAUUCAUUCAAUGAUGACAAGAUUUUUAAAAAACGAAUUAAUUCUGAUUUUGAAUAUUUUAUUAAUUUGAAUCAACGUAGUCCUGAAUAUUUAUCAUUAUUUAUUGACGAUAAAUUAAAAAAAGGUGGUAAAGAGCUUGGUGAUCAAGAAGUCGAAGUUGUACUUGAUAAAGCAAUGAUAUUAUUUCGAUAUCUAGAAGAAAAAGAUGUGUUUGAACGAUAUUAUAAACAGCAUUUAGCUAAACGUUUAUUAUUAAAUAAAUCAGCAUCAGAUGAUGCUGAAAAAAAUAUGAUAUCAAGAUUAAAAACUGAAUGUGGUUGUCAAUUUACAUGUAAAUUAGAAGGAAUGUUUAAAGAUAUAACUCUAUCAAAUUCAACCGCCGAUGAUUUUCGUUUACAUGUUUCACAAAAACGAUUAAAUUUAAAUGGUAUUGAUUUAUUUGUACGAGUAUUAACAACAGGCUUUUGGCCAACACAAAGUACAAAUAAUCAAUGUAAUUUACCAGCAGUCGUUCGAGAAGCAUAUCAAUGUUUUCAUCGUUUUUAUUUGGGUAAACAUAGUGGAAGACAAUUAACAUUACAACCAAGUUUAGGUUCAGCAGAUUUAGUAUCAAUAUUUUACGGUAAACCAAAAGAAGAUGAUAAUGAUGGAGAAAUGCGACCAACAACAACAAUGUCAAAAGAACGUAAACAUACAUUACAAGUAUCAACUUAUCAAAUGGUUAUUUUAAUGUUAUUUAAUACAAAAGAAUGUUGGACAUUUGAAGUAAUUUUUAUUGAUGAAAAUUUUUUCUAA